AUAAAAAUGGAAGAAGAUCAUUUAAAGAGUAGAGAUGCACGAGAAGGAUAUGCGAAAAAGUAUAGACACAAUAGAACAAAGGCAAAGCACAUCAAGAGAAAAACUCCUUUUGCAUUCAAAUUUAACACAAAACCGAAACCAAUGAACGAAGAUAUAAGAGAUGUGAUACCAACACAGACUCCAAAAAAAAUCAAGAAAACAAAAGACAACUUAAAAGCUAAUAGAAUAAGCCUAAACUUAGUAAACGUUAAAAAUAAAGCUGGCGAGUCAUACAAGACUGCCACAAAGCACAUAAAAUCAAUGAAGAUUCAAUACAAAUUAGCUAGUCCAAAAGAGAAAAGUCAGGGAAGAAGCUCCAGCAGGAAUGAAUCACCAAUCUCAGCUUUCAAGACUUCAAGAUGCAUAAAUAAGAAGGAAUAUUUGACUCAGUCAUCUCCAAAGACUAUCUCCAAGAAGCCAUCGACCAAGAAAAUUAAUAAAUAAAUGUACAACUGUCAGAAAAACAAUGAUUACCAAGAACAACACUAAGUUGCUCCAACUCAAUGAGAAGAAGGUCAACCACAAAGUAAUGAAGGCUAUUGAUAGAGUCUACAUGAAAAUGAAGCUGAAUUCAAACAAACAUCAUCUUUAUGUUGAUCUGGCUAAAUCUAGAGAACAUUCUAGAAGUAAGAAAAGUCCAGUAUUACACUCGAAGAGACCCCAGUCAGCUUCAAAAGGAUACAUGGAAGAAAUCCAGAAGAAAUUUGGCACUAGUCCAAAAGUUAAGAAAACCUUUGACCGGAGUCUCUCAGAGAGGAAGAAUAAACCUUCUCCAAACAAAAGUUUUACUAGAUUCAGUUAUAAAAUUAAAAAUUAUGGACCCCGAAAUACUCAUUCAACACCAAAGAAGUCUUUGGCGAAAAACCUAAGUAAAAAUUCUAAAGGUUUCAAUCUUCUCAAAACAUAUGCAAAGAAGCACUCUAAACAAGUGAAUGCUAGUAUCAACUACAAAAGAGCGACCAGUCUGAGGGAGUCUAAAGAAAACCGAGUAGUUGACAUCAGAAUGGACGAUAAGGUGUGCACUAAACCUAGAUUCCUGACCUUCACCUCCUCUAGCUUCACUGACACCCCUAAGCCUUCACAAUGUCCUUGUCCCGCCCCUGUAGCUUGUCCAGUCCCAUACAGUUCCGAAGGCCUUUCCUUCGAAGAGAAGUACCUGCGCCCAUCCCAAACCCCCCUGUCUUCUUCAACAAUAAGCUCGCCUGAUAGGGAUAUAAAGGGUAUUGAGCAAGGUCAGCAUGAACAGGAGACAAAUAAGCAAGUAAUGAUUCUGUAGAGGACUGAGAAUUUAAACGGCAAAUUUUGAGUAAAGGGAGUAAUUGUAUUCAAUGUUUAGAGUA